AUGAAGAUGUUCGGGCUCGCGGUGGUGUGUUUGAUUGUCGCGGUCUCUCUACCUAACGGGGACUGCUGGGAGAACCCCUCGUUUUGCCGUGGCUAUCCAUGCCCCGUGUACACGCUUGUAAAUAACUAUGAGGGGUUCGAGGAGCGCCUGUACAGCGCGAGCCGCUGGAUCACCAUAGACGUCCAGAGCACCAAAGAGGAAGAUUUAAGAGCUGGGUUUUGGAAACUCUACUACUUCACGCAAGGGGAGAACAAAGACAACACCAUGGUAGACUUGACGCGGCCGGCGCUUGUCUCUGUGGACGAGGCUGGCAGCGAGCGGCAGGUAACUGUGUCCAUGUACAUCACAGCUGACACACACCUCCCUGAACCCAUCGACGAAUCCAUAAGGGUGACGGAGAGGCCCGAAUGUACCUGCUACGUCAGGACGUUUGGAGGAAUGGCCAAAGAGGCAGAGGCGUUUGAGAACCUGCGGAAGCUGCAGGAGGAUCUCAGGGCCGCGGGGAAAACCUUCGACGACACCAGGUUUGACGCUGCAGGCUAUGACUCACCGUGGAUCCUGAUUAACAGACACAACGAGAUCUGGGUUCACGCGGCCUGA